AUGUCAUCCGCUCGCGGGUUUUUCUUGUUUUUGUUUUUGCAAAUAACGUGGCAAAACGUGCAUGCAAAGAAUUACUUUAACCAAUCGGCGGGUUAUGUGAUUGAAAUCAAUACGGACGACUGGAGUAACUACGAUGCCAAUGGAGGGUGUGUCACAUGUCCUUAUACAUGUGUCUCUCCUACUGAGAGCUACGAUGGGACGCCCAUUAACGCCACAAACACGACGCAGACAGCAAGUUUGCCAAGUAUCUACACAGCCGUCCGUUCAAACGGCUGUUGCUAUGCAUCGGAUUCAAUAACGCAGCCUUCAUGUGCUACAGAAGCCAGUCCUGCUAGUGCAGAGAAUUGUGGCUUUCUGUACGGUCCAACGCUUGAAUGGCGCAUUAAUAAUGCUUUGAAACCACUUACAGACAGUGUCACGGCCAUUUUAUUUGCGUCGACAGACUGUGAGAAUUUUUGGGCAGUCGGGAAACAAGAUAUUCGCUACACACAAAAUACGAGAAGCAUCAAAGGCUCAAAGAUGAUUCAACAUGGCUGUUAUGGGGACCCAGGAGGUGUUCCGAUGGUACUUAGUGGCUGUCUUACCAGUUCAUUGGAGUAUGCCAAAUCCAAGUCAUAUACGUGGAAGAACUUGGCGGAAAAGUGCGAAGGUCUUGCUGGUCGCUGCGUCAUUACGAACGCUGUGUGGGAAGAACAUUUAGAGUGUUGUACAUCACGUACAGGAUUGGGGUCCGACUGGGACACGACGUAUAAAAUGUAUACGAAGACACCAUCGGAGACGACAAAGUUGGGUGGACCGGCCAUCACAGCUAUUGUGAUUGGCGGGGUGGCACUCCUUAUGUUCCUCAUCCAUUUUGGAGCCAAAGUCCGGGAACGUGCUCGUCAGACGGCGUUGAUGCGUGAACAAGAAGCAACGGACGACUACGAGGAAAUUAUGACGCCACUUACGGCGGCAGACAAACAGCCAGUGGCUUUGCAACGUCCGAUUGGUCCAGCCAGUCUGGAAGUUUCACUUCAUGAAGGUGACCAGAUCUACAGCAAGAAAGACGAUGAAUUGCUCUUUGAAGGCGACAUGUACUAG